GACUCGCAGUCGGUUUCUGCCUGCCUUCUGCGAGACAUGUUCGGCGGCUCGGAUGACGAGGCCACUGAAGGUAUGACGCUCUAUGUUGAAGCCAGAGUUGCCGUGGACGUUCGGACCGUGGCCGCCGCCGCUGCGAGUCCGCAACAAGCCAACCUGGGAGGUUUUGCAGCGGGCGUGGGCGCCGCUGGCGGCACCCACAGAGCAGCGCGAGAUCCAGACAGCAUCGCUUCCUCCAGAGAAGGGCUUGCAAGAGCCGUCGGCAUCGCCUCCAGAGAUCAGGGGCUGCGAGAUCCAGACAGCAUCGCCCUCUCCAGCACAGGGCCUUGCGGCGUGAACGUCAAGGUCAAGGUCAUGGCCAAUGACACCAUCAGCGCCGGUGGCAUGGGCAAUGGGAACAAUGACACAUUUUCGUUCAUCACAGAUCGCCUGGGGCUCGACCUUCCACGCGGGGGACCGCCUACCGACGCUGUCGGGGGCCGAGCAGGAUGCGGCGACGGUGGCGACAAGGCCUCUGGAGUUCGGAGCCCGAGGGCCUUUGCAGGGGUCGAUGGCGGCAGCGCAUUUCAGUUCGCGAAGGCCGCCUGUUUCGAUGACAGCGGCAAAAGAGUGACAGCGCCUGCCAGGCGUCGCAUGCGCUCGCGCAGCCGAGAGACGCGGCUUAAGAUGAUGUGGGAAGGCGCCCGGGAGGACGCUCGACAGGUGCUCAGUGAUUGUCGCGGCAUGCAAUCGAUGUUUGUACACCAGCCCCUCAUCGACAUCGACGUUGGUCUAGUGAUGAAGCGCGUGCGGCACCUCCACGAUCGUGCCAUCGCCUCUGGGCGCUCCGUCUACAUCGGCACGACGAGCGACCCUUCAUGGCGAUGGAAUGGAGGAUGGGGGUGGCGAGGAAACGACCGAAGCUUCAUGCGCGGGCACAAGCUCAGCUACGAUGAGAUGCAGGUGGUCGCGUCCUUCCCCGACAAACAAUGCGGAGAGGUUGAGAAGCAUGUGAUCGCGCACUUCCGCCGUGCUGACAAGGUCGCGUCGCAGCAGGGGCUUGCG